AUGUCUUCCCGACUCUUCAAGACUUGGGGUUCAUUUAAGCCAUUCAUUGUGAAACUAUCGAGAUGCGUGUCAUCGCACCAGAGCAAAACAACGCGCAUGAAUUUACUAGACUUUGAAACCAAAAAAUUGGCCAACGAGAAGAUCACCAUGCUCACAUGUUACGACUACACGAGCGCACGCAUUGUUGCCGACACCCGUAUAGACUGCCUACUAGUCGGGGACAGUGUGGCGAUGACUGUACACGGCUUCAAACACACGGUGUCGGCCACCGUAGACAUGAUGCGCGCCCACACGGAGGCGGUGCAGAGGGGGGCGCCCAACAAGUUCAUUGUCAGCGAUCUGCCAUUUCUCAGUUACCGGCAAUCGUUGGACAGCAGUAUACGGGCGGUACAGACGUUGGUCCAGGCGGGCGCCCACGCCGUCAAACUGGAGGGCUCGGCCGGCAAUCAGCCCCUCAUCAAACAUAUUGUCGAGUCCGGUGUGCCGGUGAUGGGCCAUCUGGGGCUAACACCGCAGGCUGUGCUCGGUUUGGGUGGCUAUAGAGUGCAGGGGAAAACAGAGGCAGCGGCCAAACACCUGUUGGACAGUGCGCUCAAUUUGCAGGACGCGGGCUGUUUUGGUCUAGUAUUGGAGUGCAUACCAGCGCUGGUGGCCAAACAUAUUACUCAGGCGCUGGCCAUACCUACUAUAGGUAUAGGCGCCGGACCUUAUUGUGAUGGUCAGGUGCUUGUCUGGCAGGAUAUGCUGGGUCUGACCAAUGGUUCGAAACUGACCUUUGUCAAACAGUUUCUCGAUGGCGGCAAACUAUGUAAGGAGAGUAUCAAUGAAUACAACGAUGAG